AUGCAACCACUGCUACAGGGCGACCAAAUGUGGCCGCUGAAUGCAGAUGUGGCCGCUUCAUCACACAGGCGGAUGGACAUGGUACCAUCAAUGAGCCCUCUGAGUUGGACAGACGGCAGCCAGGAAGCCUUCUACCCACAAGAUAUGUACCAAAAGAUUUUGGCACCUGAGAACGACGAGUACAAGCAAAGCCCUGCUGACUCGAGACACUUCCGAGUUUUCUCAGAGUCGCAGGUGCAUGAGGCCAUGGUUCGCCGGUUCCAUCCAGGUUUGCAAGCGGACUACGGCCCCGCAGAGUACACAGAGUACCCGUCCCAGUACCCAGAGUACCCAGAGUACCCAGAGUACAACGAGUUCACCACAAAGUUCCAGAACUGCGAGGGGUUUCAGAACUACUCGCAGAAAACACAGUCUUCUGAGUUUUCACCGUGCCUCAAAUCUACAGAAUACAGUGAGUACAUGGAAGGCUCAGGAAGCCACGAAAGCGUGUCAAGCCACGGAAGUUUGGGUGGUUGGACCUGGGGUGCCGAGAGAGACUCCGGCUACCAGGAUCCCCAGAGCCACAGCCUGCCCUGUGACCUUUUGGAACCGUCACAAGGCAUUGCAGGCAUUGCCAAAGAGAAGAAAACCUUUGGACAUGUGACUGGAAAUUUGAACCCCAAAGCUCGAGAAGCUCGAGCAGCUCGAGCAGCUCGGGAUGGGGCCCUGGACCUUCCGACAGUUUUGCAGGCUGGUCGGGUUCACAGGAUCUCGGCCAUGCCUGUGCAGCCCAUGCCGCAGCCAUCUGUUUCACAGGUGACAGAGCUUUUGCCCUUUGGGCUGCUGGACUCACCUGUGAACAGUCCCACGAGUUCAAUACACCCUGAGCUCGAGGAUGAGAAUUGCGGGCCGAACGUGGCCAAUGAGAAUGAAGAGCCAAAGGCACGCAGGCAGAAAGCUAUACUGGAGGAUAAGCGACUGCCCAGAGAAUAUCAUCACAGCAGAGUUCCAAAGAAUGUGAAUUUUCAGGAGGAAUGUGAGAGCCAUCCAGCACAGGAGAUCACCACGCUGAUGAUUCGAAACAUUCCAAAUCGCUACACACAGCAGGAACUGAUUGCUGAACUGGAGGACUUGGGCUUUGCUGGGACCUUCAACUUCUUGUACAUCCCUUUAGACAAAGGAACGAUGUCAAAUGUGGGCUAUGCUUUCGUGAACUUUGUGACAAAGGAAUGGGCCAGUAAAUGCAUUGAGGCCUUCCAGGGUUACCGUUUCAAGCGUCACCGCAAGACUUCUGGAAAGAUUGCAGCAAUCUCUGCUGCUCAUCUUCAAGGUCUCGAGGCCAACCUGGCGCAUUAUGAAAAGUCUGCCGUGAACACCGCGAAACUGAAGCACCGGCGGAACAUGCUUGAUCAUGGAAACCCAAUUGCUCUCGGGGAGGGUUUGGGAGGAAGACUGCACUGGCUGUAUUGGCCGGGUUCAGUGACCAGCGACUGCCUCGCAGCUUCGGUGCCAGUCCCUUGUUGCAACCAAAGCAGAGCCCAAAGCUCCAGAAUGAGACUGCGUUGGUCUACAUGCAGGAGCAGCACCGGCCACGAUCCAGCAGUGGUGGAGCCUUCCGAGAUGGUGGCUUCAUUGAAUCUCCGUGCAAUGCUGAAGGUUGUGGACGCAGGGGACCGCAUCAUUAAGGGACGCGUCGAGCUGUUUGCUUGCUCGAAGAAGAAAUUGACAGUUGGCCAAAUGCACGAACUCCAGCUCCGCUGCCCCGAGAGUCUCGCUGACUCUCCGCUGGGGCCGCUGUCCUGUGAAAUUUCGCAGACGUUGCUGUCAAAUCUGCGGGCGCUGAUGUCCUUGCUGUAUGUCGACUACGACUGCACCCAUUUGUACCCCACGGACUUUGAGCGUUGUCCAGACAAGCAUGCCGUGGUGACUUCCAUCAAUCAUAGCCUUGUACAGAUAGUGGACCGUGUCCACAGUGGCUUUCUAGCUGAAUUCUGGGAGGCAGUGCAAGAAUCAAUCGACAUCGUCAAGUCUGAAGUGUUUGCUUUCCGACCAGCGUCUGCCAGCUUUGGGCCGACUGAUCAUGCCCUAAUGUCUUUUCACUACUUCUUCCUUGAUCUGGAGAAGAAUCGGGUUCUCUUCAUAGGCAGCGUCACAAAGAGUCGGCGGAGCGCCCAAGGAGGUCCCGACUCUGACAGUGACGUCCAGCUGUCGCAGGACUCUGCAUCGGAAGAUUCCAAAGGUCGCAGCAGCGAGAUGGGUUCCAGCCUCCAGGAAGGUGAGUUCGCAUUCAGCGACGGCAGUGAUGAUGCGAUGCAACCUUGA